AUGUCGCGCCUCGCUCCCGUCGUCCUCGACAAUGGCACGGGCUACACAAAGAUGGGCUUUGCCGGCAACUCGGACCCGUCCUUCGUCAUCCCGACCUGCAUCGCCACCCGUGGCUCGCCCUCGUCCGGCUCGCGCGGCCCCGCCGUCCCCUCCAAGCCGUCCGGCCUCGGCUCGUCGUCGGGCCACCUCUCGAGCAAGCGCGGCAUCGAGGACCUCGACUUCUUCAUCGGCGACGAGGCCCUCGCCAAUUCCAAGACGUACGCCGUAAACUACCCGAUCAAGCACGGCCAGAUCGACGACUGGGACCAGAUGGAGCGCUACUGGGAGCAGUGCAUCUUCAAGUACCUCCGCGCCGAGCCCGAGGACCACCACUUCCUCCUCACCGAGCCGCCCCUGAACCCGCCCGAGAACCGUGAGGCGACGGCCGAGAUCAUGUUCGAGUCGUUCAACGUCCAGGGCCUGUACAUCGCCGUCCAGGCCGUCCUCGCCCUCGCCGCGUCGUGGACGAGCAAGAGCGUCCAGCACCGCACCCUGACCGGCACCGUCAUCGACUCGGGUGACGGCGUGACCCACGUCAUCCCGGUCGCCGAGGGCUACGUGAUCGGCUCGGCGAUCCGCCACAUCCCCAUCGCCGGGCGCGACAUCUCGUCGUUCGUGCAGCAGCUCCUGCGCGACCGCAACGAGCAAGGGAUCCCACCCGAGGACUCGCUCCGCGUCGCCGAAAAGAUCAAGGAGGACUACUCGUACGUGUGCGGCGACAUGGUCAAGGAGUUUGGCAAGUACGACCGCGAGCCGGAAAAGUUCUUCGCCAAGUUCGAGGGAGAGAACUCGGUCACGAGGCGGAAAUACUCGGUCGACGUCGGCUACGAGCGGUUCCUCGCGCCCGAGAUCUUCUUCAACCCCGAGAUCUACUCGUCCGACUUCCUCACGCCGCUCCCGGACGUCGUCGAUCAAGUGAUCCAGACGUCGCCGAUCGACGUCCGCCGUGGCCUGUACAGCAACAUUGUCCUGUCGGGCGGCUCGACCAUGUUUGACCAUUUCGGGCGCCGGCUCCAGCGCGACCUCAAGGGCAUCGUCGACCAGCGCAUCGCGUCGAGCGAGCUCGCGAGCGGGAGCCACAUGCGGUCGUCGGGCGUCGACGUCAACGUCAUCUCGCACAAGAAGCAGCGGUACGCCGUCUGGUUCGGCGGCUCGCUCCUCGCGUCCACCCCCGAGUUCUACUCGUACUGCCACGACCGCCAGGCGUACCAGGAAUACGGCCCGUCGUUGGUGCGCCGGUUCGCCAUCUUUGGCAGCGCGACCGACUGAGUGUGUGUGUAGAUCCGCGUUCCCUUUCGUGCAAAGAACAGACUGUCUCCUCUC